GAGAUUUAGCAACUGCACCCAGCAAUUUUCAGAGCUAACUUACACAAAUAGAGGUGUGCAGGCAUUGUGUCCUUCAAGGAACUAAGCCUAGAAAAUCAUGGAUUACACACAUUUUUUUAUCUUUCUUGGUUCCUUAGUGGUACUUCACUAUGCGGUAAAACUGCUGUGUUUUAUAAGGAUGCUUUGUCCCAAAUUCUUCUUUCCAUUGCCCAAGUCAUUCCUCAGAUCCAUGGGAGAGUGGGCAGUUGUGACCGGUGGAUCAGAGGGGAUAGGAAGAGCAUAUGCCUUUGAGCUGGCCAGCCACGGGAUGAACGUCAUAAUUCUCAGCAGAAGCAAAGACAAACUGGAGCGUACAGCCAAAGAGAUCGAAGAAGAAACUGGCAAGAGGGUGAAAGUGUUGGUGGCCGACUUCUCACGUGAUGAUGUAUAUAGGGAGAUUGAAGACAACCUUAAAGACCUAGAGAUUGGUGUUCUUGUCAAUAACGUUGGCAUUCUCCCCUCCAUGAUCCCUUCAAAAUUCCUGGAGACCAAAAACUUAAAUCAGACAAUGACUGAUGUCAUAAAUUGCAAUAUGAGAGCUAUGGCAGAGAUGUGCAGAAUAUGUCUUCCUGGCAUGGAGAAAAGAGGAAAGGGAGUGAUUGUGAAUCUUUCCUCAGGAGUGGCCACUAUUCCUUGUCCUCUAUAUAGCCUCUACAGCGCAUCUAAGGUGUUUGUCGAAAGAUUUUCUCUUUGCCUUCAGGCUGAAUACAGUGCCAAAGGAAUUAUUAUACAGACAAUAGCUCCAUUCUCAGUGUCCACUGCCAUGAUAGGCUUCCAGAAAGGCGGGCUGGCGAUUCUUCCGGAAGACUUUGUGAGAACCUCUCUGCAGUAUCUAAAGGCUGGAGGCAAAAUCAACGGCAGCGUUGGCCACACCUUUAUGGGUUGGCUCCUACAGUCUCUUCCCUCUGGGAUUCUCCACUCUGAAGCUAUGCAGGAAGGUUUUAUAGCCUAUGUCAAGAAAGCUGUCGCAGGUGAACGGCAUUCAUCUGUAAAUAAGCCUCAAGUCGGGGAGAGCUUUGUGCCCGCUGCCAACAUUGCCCUCAACAAACUCACUGCCUGAUGUUUCAUGUGCUGUUUAUACACUGCUCCAAAAGACGACCGUCACUUUUAAUGGCUAUGUAUGUUUCCGUUGUCCCCAACCCAGACCAGUUGGGAGAGGGUGUGGGUUGGCUGUGGUGUAUCGCUCAGAUUUGUCAAACAACUCACUCUAUUUGAUGUUACAUCCUUUGAAUAUAUUGGUCUUAAGAUUGCUUCAUCCCCUUCAAUAAUGCUGUUGGUAGUAUGUCGCCCACCUAAACCAUCUACACAUUUUCUGUCCGAACUGAAUAAACUCUUCACAGUUAUCUUAUCUGUCUGCCCUUCUGUUAUUAUGGUUAAUAACAGAAGAUAUUCCUCUAAUAUCUAUCACCUACCGGGACCUUAGGUCCAUUGAACCAUCUUUGCUGCCUCCAUACAGGCAUCACCUCUGUCUGACCUACAGGAUGAGCUCUCCUCACCUGAUAACUUGGUCACGAAAUAUAAUGCCACUCUCUCCAGACUCCUGGAUAAUGUAGCCCCGGUCAAGAAUAGGCUUGUACCUGCCACCCACUCAUGCCCCUGGAACACAGGACGCCACAGGACGCCAGCUUGAGCGACCUGUAUAAGAAAACUAGCCUCACUAUUCACUCAAUGCUAUACACCGAACGCAUCCCAAGUACAGGGAUGCCCAAAAUGCUGCUUGUGCUCCCCCUGCUCUAAAAAUGGCUCCAGUUACCCCCAUUUUAAAGAAGCCCAACUCAGAUCCCAAUACCCUGUCCAACUACCGUCCUAUUUCAAACCUCCCCUUCCUGGCUAAAUUACUGGAAAAAGUGGACUUUUCAACUUCAGUACUUUCUCAACGACAAUUAACUUUAUGAGCAUUUCCAAUCUGGUUUCUGUACACAUCACAGCCCAGAGACUGCACACCUUCAAGUCGUAAACGACCCUCUCCGGUCUGUUGAUAACGGUUCCCCAAACAUUCUAAUCUUGGACAUCAGCGGUGCAUUCGACACAGUCAACCAUAAUGUGCUCAUCACCCGCCUGUCAGCUCUGGGUAUCUCAGACAUAGUCCUCCACUGGUUCCGGUCCUACCUCUCCAACAGACAAAAGUUUGUCACUCUGGGCCCUCAUAAGUCUUCCACAUCCCCUGUCACUUGUGGUGUCCCUCAGGGUUCUGUUCUUGGGCCUCUCCUCCUCCUCAUAU